CGUGUGUGUGCUAUUAUGGGAUAGAAUUCUUCAUUUGACAAAUCUAAAAUUUAAAAAAUUCAUGUUUACCUUUACAUUUAGCCUCAGGAUGUCUAAUUUAUCGACGUGAUAUCGAAAUACGAGAAUAAACAACAUCUCCAGGAUCACAUCGAGCCGUCAUGGGGGACAACGACUUGGAUAAAGUGAUCAAAAAGACCCAAGAAACGCUUGGAAAAUAUGUCAAAAAACCUCCACUUUCUGACAAACUUUUGAAGAAACCUCCAUUUCGAUUCCUUCAUGAUGUGUUCACAGUCGUUAUAAAAAAUACUGGGUUCAUGAAAGGUCUGUACAAAGAAGAUGAAAGCAAUUCAGAUAAAAUCAAGGAUAAGGAUAGCAAAGUUGCUUUCCUGCAGAAAACUAUCGACUUCAUUGGAAUGGCGGUAGGAAGGAAACUGUCUGUGAAAUCAUCUAAGAUUGUUGCUGGACAUGAACCUGAGAAAACAAAUGAAUUACUAGCUGCAUUAGCAGAAGCAGUUAAUAAAAAGCCAGACAAUGCUGCCCUUUUAAAGAAGUUUCUUGGGGGUGGGGAGUCUGAUGAAAAGAAACCACCAAGUGGUUCUAAACGUGACAAAGAAAAAGAUGAAGAGAGAAAAUCCAGUUCCGAUAAGAGGAGGCGUGAAAAAGAGGAUCGCAAAAGUAGUGCAGAUAGAAAUAGAUCUGAAAGUAAAGACAGGGAGAAGAAAGAUCGGGAGAGUAACAGUAGAGAAAAGAAAGACAGAGAGAGCAGUAGUAGGGAGAAGAAAGAAAGAGAAAGCAGUCGGGAUAGAGAAAAGAAAGACAGGGAAAAGGAUAAAGAAAGAAGAAGGAGGAAAGAAAAAGAAGAUGAGAAAGAGAAUAAAGAAAUAGAGCAACCAAUGGUGAAUGGAGAGAAAGAAGAUACAGAGAGGAAAAAGAACUCAAAAUCAUCAAAAAGUGGCUCUAAAGAGUCGAAGCGAGACCCACCGGCAAGAAUUCCCCGUCCAUCAUCAGCUAAAGGUUCUCGGAGGAGACACAGAGAUGAUGAUGAAGACUUUGACAAGGCUAAAGAACAAAAGAGACAAGAGGAGAAUGCUGUUACUGUUGGAGAAGAUGAUCUCCCUCCCCAGGUCCUUGCUGCAAGGAAGCUGUCGAGGCCAGCCAGUGCUAGGCCUGCUGCACCAAAGGUGAAAAACAAAGACAAAGCUAUGGAGGAACAAAACGCACCGAUUGGAUCAAGCAAUGUGCCAAACCUGAUAGUGGACAAUAAGGAUAGUGAUGAGGAUGAUGAUAUGUUUGUCACCAAAGAGGAGGAACCCACCGUUGGUCUUGAACCUGAGCCUGAAACACACCAGGUGGAGGUAGAUGAAGAUGGAGAUCAUGGUGGGCUAGUCAAGAAGAUAUUAGAAACUAAAAAAGAGCUGGAGGGUGGCAGUCAGAAAGCUCAGGCCAAGAAGACUGAUCGAAUAGAAAAGCCUAUUGUCUCAGACGCAGCCAGGAGAAAGGAGCGAGAAAUGGUUCAGCGUGAAAUAGACAAACUACGAACAAGUAUACAAACUUUAACUCGUAGUGCAAAUCCACUAGGCAAAAUAAUGGACUAUGUUCAAGAAGAUCUUGAUUCAAUGCAAAAAGAAUUGGAAGUUUGGAAGAAAGAAAAUAAAGAUAACACCAGAUCUCUUCAACAGGAACAAAGCAUAACUGAAUCCUCUGUGGAGCCACUUAAAGCCCAGUUAGCAGAGAUAGACCAAGCAAUAGUAGAUCAACUCGACCUCAUUGCAGCUGUCAAAUGUAACAUUAAAAAGAACGAUGAUAAAAUCGAGAAAAUGCUGAGUAGCGUAACAAAAUCCUGAGAUUCAAAAAAUGAGGAAGACACCGCAUCUGUAGGUUGAUUAUUCUCGAGAUUAAGACCUGGAGUUGAACAUGUGCAGUUUCGUUCAUCUUGCUGUUGACACCUCACAUUGCAGUUGAGCAUCCUUAUAAUGCUUGCUUUCCAUUCUGAAGUUUUCAAACAUCACAUAUUGACUGAAAUGGAAGGUUUGAAAUAUGGGAAAGGGGGUCUUCAUGUAAGAUUACAGACUUUGCUUUAAAUGAUCAGUCGGUGCUCACUAGUAUUAGAAAGUUGACUUUAUUGUAAUGUACAUCCACUUUCAAGUGGCAGUCUUUGUAAUUAUUUUCCUAAAUCACCCCAAGAUGGUUUCAAUUCAUAAUGAUCAGUAUAUGCCACAGCAAUAUGCA